AUGGCAAAAACAAAGAAACCCAGCGCCGACGAUGCCGGCGAGCUGAUGGUCUCAGUCGAGUCCUACACGCGCACCAGAGAUUCUGUAUGUCUAAUUGUUCUGUUCCACAACGCGCGUCCGCAUUGCUUGUGUCUCUUGGUCGCCUGGUCUACGCGACUCGAUCACUAUGUCUGCGCAGAAGCGGUUACCGUUGCUGCAGCCGAAAUUGAGUAUCUCACGCGCAGUAACCUUAUCAACGACGCGCAAAGACUCGAGCACACCUACAUUACUUCUGAAGGCACUGCUAAGACAUGUUUCCACCAACAGGUUAUCGUCUCCCUCAGCAACCUCCAAGCCGGUCUUACCCACGUCCAGAGUGGACUCAACGAGCUCUUGCGCGCCUACUUGGAGCACACCAACUCGGUCAUUGCUGGCGAGGAUGUUGUCCUCAACAAGCUCGAGUUGAACAAAGACAUCGCAGCCGCCGCACAUGCCACUAUUGAGGCUGCCUCUUCGACUGCCAAUGGCAUCGCGCAAGCUAUCUCUGCUGGCGACAAGACCGAAGCUGCUGCUGAGUCCGGCAAACCUAGCAAGGGCACCAAGCGCAAGCGCGAGAAGAAGGAGAAGGAUCCCAACGCUCCUAAGAAGCCCUUGACUGCUGCAUUCUUGUACGCGCAGACUGCGCGACCCAUUGUUAGAGGUGAUCUGGAGGCUGCUCUUGGCCCUGAUCAGAAGCUUGAGCCCAAUGCCGUCAACCUUGAGGUGAACAAGCGUUGGAACGAGAUGCCCGAGGAGGACAAGGAGACCUGGAGGCAGUCUUACCGCGACUCGAUGGAGCAGUGGAAGGAGGAGAUGGCUGCAUACACGGCCAAGAACGCCUCUGCAGCUGUUGACCUUCACGAUGACGACGAUGCUUCUGAGGCCGAGGCUGAGAUUGAGGUCGAGGCUGCCGCCGAUUCUGACGCAUCUUCAGAGGACGAGGAGCCCGCGCCUGCUAAGGCCCCAUCACCACCCGUCAAGACUCCUCGCGCCAACAAGCGCCAGAAAACUGCGCAGAACCCCGCUGUCAAUGGCGCUGCCGCUCCCAUUGUCGCCGCCGCUUCACCCGUUCCUCUCCCUCGUGCGACCUCUACCGUUGUUCCUCCCGUUGCCGCCGCUGAGACACCAGCCAAGAAGGAAAAGAAGAAGAAGGAGAAGGCCGCUCCGCAGCCUAUAGCUCCGGCCCCAGCAACCUCGGCGAAGGAGCCAAGUCCUGAAGAGGGAAGCAAGAAGAAGAGCAAGAGCAGCCGCACCACAAGGAACAACGAGGCCGAGGCAAUUGGUCAGGAUAAGGAGAACGCUGCUGCACCAGAGAAGGAGAAGGAGAAGAAGAAGCGAGAAAGGAAACGCGUAUCUGAUGGUCCUUUGCGUCCUUUGCUACCGCGCCCGUCCAACAUGCAGCGCAACACAGAUGAGCCUGGAGGUGUUCGGAUUUCCCUGGAAGACCCAGUCGUCGAGCGGACAUAUCCGCAAUUGCAACAUUCCUCGCGCCUGGGAAGGCGCGAGAUGACCGACGACUAUUUCUAG